AUGGCGUCUGUUCGUGUAGUGCUGGCCGUGAACGGCGUGAGGCACGAGGCGGCCGGCGCUGACCUCUCCAUGUCGCUGAUCGAGUUCCUGCGCACACGGACGGCCGUCAGGGGCCCCAAACUUGGCUGCGCCGAAGGUGGAUGCGGUGCAUGUGUCGUCCUGAUAUCCAAGUAUGACCCGUCCACUGACGAGGUGAACGAGUUCUCAGCAAGCUCCUGCUUGACACUCCUUGGCAGCGUGAACCUAUGCGCAGUGACCACCAGUGAGGGCAUCGGCAACACAAAAGAUGGCUUCCACCCCGUGCAGCAGCGCCUCUCUGGUUUCCACGCCUCGCAGUGCGGUUUCUGCACCCCAGGCAUGUGCAUGUCCAUUUUCUCUGCACUCGUCAAGACUGAUAAGGAGGCUGGCCGUCCUGCUCCGCCUCAGGGGUUCUCCAAGCUCACCGCCUCCGAAGCCGAGAAGGCUAUCUCCGGCAACUUGUGCCGUUGUACCGGCUAUAGGCCCAUCAUCGAUGCCUGCAAGAGCUUCGCAUCUGAUGUUGACCUCGAGGACUUGGGCCUCAACUCCUUCUGGAAGAAAGGUAUAGACCAUGCAGAUGUUAGCAAGCUUCCGGCGUACAUCAGUGGCGCCAUCUGCACCUUCCCGGAGUUCCUCAAAUCUGAGAUCAAGUCUUCAGUAAACCAAAUGGACAAUGUCCCAAUCGAGAUAUCAGAUGACGACGGCUGGUACCAUCCUAGGAGCAUAGCUGAGUUUCAAGUGCUGUUGAAUUCCAACUGGUUUGAUGUAAAAUCAGUGAAGAUUGUGGCUUCAAACACUGGCUCUGGUGUGUACAAGGAGCAAGAUCUAUAUGACAAGUACAUCGACAUCAAAGGGAUUCCAGAGCUUUCAGUCAUCAACAGAAGCAGCAAGGGGGUUGAGAUCGGAGCAGCUGUGUCCAUCUCCAAAGCCAUUGAUGUUUUCUUGGAUGGAAACCUUGUUUUUAGAAAGAUCGCUGAUCAUCUGAACAUGGUAGCUACACCAUUUGUUCGGAACAUGGCCACCGUCGGGGGAAACAUAAUCAUGGCACAAAGGCUGCAGUUUCCGUCAGAUAUUGCAACCGUUCUUCUGGCUGCAGGUUCAACUGUCACCGUCCAGGUGGCUUCCAAGCGGCUGUGUUUUACAUUGGAGGACUUCUUGGAGCAGCCUCCUUGUGAUUCUAGAACCCUACUGCUCAACAUAUUUGUCCCAGAUUGGGAUUCAGAUAAUAUGACAUUUGAGACUUGUAGAGCAUCUCCUCGUCCAUUCGGCAAUGCCGUCUCAUAUGUCAACUCUGCAUUCUUGGCAAGGGUAUCAGAGGCUUCAUCAUCAGGGGAGCUUCUCAUUGAGGAUAUACGCCUGGCAUUUGGUGCUUAUGGAACCAAGCACGCUAUCAAGGCUAGGAAUGUUGAGGACUUCCUGAGGGGAAAAUCAGUGAGUGCAUCUGUAAUGCUUGAAGCUAUCAAGUUGCUUAAAGAUGCUAUUUCACCAUCAGUAGGAACCACACAUCCUGAAUACAGAGUUAGCUUGGCAGUCAGUUUCCUGUUCAGUUUCCUGUCUUCCCUUGCUAGCAACCAGAAUGAACCGGCAAGGACUGACCGUCUCAAUGGGUCUGAUACUAAUGGAAUCAUGAACGGUGGUUCUGAGUCCUCAUUGGUGAAGCAUGUUAAGGUUGACAUUGACUGUUUGUCAAUUCGCUCAAGGCAGGAACUGGUUUCCACAGAGGAAUACAAACCAGUUGGCAAGCCUAUCAAGAAAGCUGGUGCAGAGCUACAAGCUUCUGGGGAAGCUGUGUACGUUGAUGACAUCCCUGCUCCGAAGGGUUGCCUCUAUGGAGCAUUUAUCUACAGCACACAUCCCCAUGCUCGUAUAAAAGGUAUCAAGUUUAGAUCAUCUUUGGCUUCACAGAAGGUGAUAACGGUUAUUGAUGCAAAGGACAUUCCUAGUGGUGGGGAAAAUAUUGGAUCCACCUUCGCAUCAUUAGGAGAGGAAGCGGUUUUUGCUGAUUCGGUUUCUGAAUUUGCUGGUCAAAAUAUUGGCAUUGUGAUUGCAGAAACGCAAGAGUAUGCCCAUAUGGCGGUGAAACAAGCUGUCAUCGAGUAUAGCACCGAAAACCUUGAGCCACCAAUUCUGACGAUAGAGGAUGCUGUCCAGCAUAACAGCUACUUCCAUCCUCCCCCCUUUUUAGCUCCUAAGCCAGUUGGCGAUUUCAGCGAAGGAAUGUAUGAAGCUGAUCACAAGAUAUUAUCAGCAGAGGUGAAACUUGAAUCCCAGUAUUACUUCUACAUGGAGAUGCAAGCCGCCUUAGCUAUUCCUGACGAAGAUAACUGUAUCACCGUCUACUCCUCGGCGCAAAUGCCUGAGGCUACGCAAAGUGUCAUUGCAAGGUGCCUUGGCAUACCGUUCCAUAAUGUCCGUGUCAUCACAAGAAGAGUUGGAGGUGGCUUUGGUGGGAAGGCGAUGAAAGCAAUGCAUGUUGCAAGUGCAUGUGCAAUUGCAGCAUUCAAGCUGCGGCGUCCAGUUCGGAUGUACCUUGACCGCAAGACAGACAUGAUCAUGGCUGGAGGGCGGCACCCGAUGAAGGUGAAGUACUCAGUUGGGUUCAAGUCGGAUGGCAGGGUCACAGCCUUGCACCUUGAUCUCGGCAUCAAUGCUGGAAUAUCACCAGAUUACAGCCCAGUUAUGCCAAAUGCUGUUAUAGGGUCUCUGAAGAAGUACAACUGGGGUGCCCUCGCAUUUGACAUAAAGGUUUGUAAGACGAAUGUUUCAUCCAAGUCCGCAAUGCGUGCUCCCGGUGAAGUGCAGGGUUCCUUCAUUGCAGAAACUAUCAUCGAGCAUGUUGCCUCAGCGCUCUCAGCUGACACCAACACCAUCAGAAGGAAGAAUCUCCAUGACUUUGAGAGCCUUAAGGUGUUCUUCGGGGGCAGUGCGGGCGAGGCUUCGACCUAUAGCCUUGUCACCAUCUUCGAUAAGCUGGCCUUGUCACCCGACUACCAGCUCAGGGCUGCGAUAGUUGAGCGUUUCAACAGCGGCAGCCGGUGGAAGAAGCGUGGUAUUUCUUGCGUGCCAAUCACAUAUGCGGUGACUCUCCGGCCAACUCCGGGGAGGGUGUCCAUCUUGAACGAUGGUUCCAUCGCCGUCGAAGUUGGUGGAGUCGAGAUAGGCCAAGGGCUAUGGACCAAAGUGAAGCAGAUGACAGCGUUCGUACUGGGGCAGCUAUGCCCUGAUGGUGGCAAAGGCCUUCUCGACAAGGUGCGUGUUAUCCAGGCCGACUCAUUGAGCAUGAUCCAGGGAGGCUGGACCGCCGGGAGCACCACCUCUGAAACUAGCUGCGAGGCUGUUCGACAGUCGUGCGCUGCACUUGUUGAGAGGCUCAAGCCUAUCAAAGAGGACCUGGAGGCUAAGUCUGGCAUGGUGGCAUGGAGCUCCUUGAUUGCUCAGGCAACUAUGGCGAGUGUGAACUUGUCGGCGCAAGCCUACUGGACCCCUGACCCAACUACCGCAAGUUAUUUGAACUAUGGAGCAGCUGUUAGUGAGGUGGAAGUUGAUGUCCUGACAGGAGCAACCACGAUCCUCAGGAGCGAUCUGGUUUAUGACUGUGGGCAAAGCCUGAAUCCUGCGGUAGACUUGGGCCAGGUUGAAGGUGCAUUCGUGCAAGGGAUAGGAUUCUUCACAAACGAAGAGUACACAACUAACUCCGACGGCCUGGUCAUCAACAACGGGACAUGGACAUACAAGAUCCCAACAGUGGACACCAUCCCGAAACAGUUCAACGUCGAGCUCUAUAACAGCCCUCGCAAUCAGAAACAUGUCCUCUCCUCGAAAGCCUCUGGUGAGCCUCCCUUGCUCCUCGCAUCCUCGGUGCACUGUGCAAUGAGGGAAGCCAUCAGAGCAGCCAGGAAGGAGUUCUCAGUUUGCACAGGACAGGCAAACUCCCCGAUCACGUUCCAGAUGGAUGUGCCGGCAACGAUGGUUGCAGUAAAGGAGCUCUGCGGCCUCGAUGUUGUCGAGAAACAUCUCGAGAGCCUCUUGGCCGCAAAGGCGUGAAGAACCAACAGAAUCAGGAACUUAGCCUAGCUUCCCUCAUUUCAUUAGGAGGCUAGGAGCAGAUUACAUGGAAAAAAUGAUAGAAAUGUGAGAACGCAUUACUUGAUAAGCUGGCAUGUAGUUUGCCAACCUAUUAAUGAUCACGUUGGGUUGUUAGACAUGGGAAACUAUGCUUGGUUUUUAACUUCA